CCUGUGGACUUGCGCCUAGUUAUCGUCAUCGCGUGGUCGUUUUUCGCGCGCGCGGUGUCUCGACGUGUCUGUCGUCCGUGGUUGUUUAUGCGCACGCCGCCGCCGUUUACGAGCGAGUAGACUAUUUAGAAUUUCGAUCCUUUGUCUCCGAAAUUUUUUAUUCUGGUCGGGUCAAACGCGGAAAUAGCCAAAAACGAGUCUUCAUUAUUUUUUUGUUUAUCUUGCCCGGAAUGUCGUCGCGAAAUGGCAUUAGCAUAAAUUAAAAAAAAACACGCGCGAAACUUUGGUAAGAAAACCGGAUUUCCAUCGUUAGAACGGGAAAAACGCGCGAUUCACGUUUGCCACCCUGAACACAUGUUGAUUACGGUGAGUGAUAAGUGAUAACCGCUGUUGUUGUUUGUGCCCGUCGCCCCGUCCCCGUCACCGCCGCCGCCGUCCAAGUUGGAGGACACUCCCAGUUUUGUUGUCUUUUUUCAAAACUUGAAUCUUCAGUCCGUGUCUUGAUGUACCAGUGAUUUCUAUGGCCAAGUCCAGGAACGGUCUGACGGCCGUUGGCCUGUCGGUUUUGGGAGCGUUUUUGGUCCUGUUGGCGUUCACGACAAAGAGCUGGUUGGUCACGGAUGGAAAAUUAGAGCACCCGAAAUUCGAAAGGAUCGGUCUAUGGGUAGUAUGUUUUAAAGAAUUUGAGGACCCUCGUCAUUGGUACGACACAAGAUUCCAUAGUUGUUGGUGGGUGUUUGAAGAAGAAUAUUAUAUUAUCUAUGAUGUUUUAUUCAAAGGUUUUUAUGUUGCUACUCAGUUUUGGUUUUCAGCUUGUGUUCUCUUAACAGUAUUUGGUUUAUUCUACACUACACUUUAUAUGUAUCUUAAUAGAGCUUAUGAACGUUAUGUUCAAAUUCUAUUUACAGCUGGAAUACUUUACAUAGCUGCAGCUGUGUGCGGUACUAUUGCUUUGGUAAUAUUUGGAAUAGAUGGAGACAGUAGAGUAUGGAUGCCACAUUGGGAACACAAUGAUAUAGGAUGGAGCUAUGGGGUAGCAGUCGCAGGAACUAUUGCCCUUUAUGUCAGUGGAAUAUUGUAUGUAAUAGAGGGACGGGCACACAAGAUUAAACGUCAAAAGAUGGCUACUCAAAGAGCCAAUUACAACUAUGAUGCAGAUGACUUAAAACAAUCGUCUCACACUGACAUAUAAAUUCUCAAAUUUUUAUUUUUAAGUAGCAACAUCUGCACGUUUUCAUUAAUUUAUUCUUAAUGCAUAUGUACAGUGAGCACUUCUUAAACAUAGACUCAUUGACAUUCUUCAAAUGUCUGCAUGAAAGAUUCACUUUGCAUGGAAAACACUUGGUAUUUGUUUUGGAUAACAAAUAUUAUUAAGUAUAGUAUGAAUGAGCACUUAUGGAGUUUUAUUCUUAAGAAUGGCUUUUUGAAAACAAUUUGUUACUUGGUCAUUUAUACAAUUAUUGACAAACUGUAAUAAAUUAAUUAUAGAUCUUACUUUGAAUUUGAUGUGCAAUUUAUAUUGAAUAGAUA